CACAAAUAUUUAGGAAUUCCCAAAUAUCACUCAAACGUAAUAUUGAUCCAGUUUGCAAAUAUAGUGUUUUAAACAAAUCACUCAUGUUAAGUUGAUUCGCUCAAAGUUGAAGAAAACAAUAGGUUUUCAAAGUAUGGCCACGGAGAACCAAUAUGUUAUCAAAUUAAAUCUUCUGACUGACACAUCUGAUGAGUUGAGUAAAAGCAAGAAAGCAGUAAAUUUCUUUAGGAGAUACAAAGAAGUAAAUUUCUUUGGCAAACACAAAGUUCUGAUGCUCGCAUCGUUUUUAGCGUGGAUAUUUGGUUUAAUAGUUGGAGUACUAAUUGGUCUACAAGUGGGUAAACAUCAACAGGAUAGAGAGGACAACGACAAUAAAACAAUAAGUAAUGGAACAAACAAGGAAAGUUCAAGUAACGCAUUCAGUAAUCAAAUAAAUCAACAGAUUGCACAGGAAAAAAUCAUGAAAGAAACACAAUCUUCUUAUACGAGUUACAGCAGUUUGGAGAAGUGCCACUAUGAAACAUCUGAAGUUUUUCUGAUAAAAUUGGUGAAUAACACAUUUGAAAAUGAAGACUAUUGUACAAUAGGAUCAACAGUUGUAAAAACAAUAUGUGAAUCGGAAAUUAGUCAUCAUGCUUGCGAGAAAUGUACAGAUGGGAGCAUGCUACCGUCCAGUUGCUUCUGUGAUAAGAAAGUUAACUGUGUCAACGAUGCAGCCUUAGGAGGUGUAGCAGCAGAUGACUCUAAAAAAACAUGUAGUGAGUGUGCAAAAACGUUCAACGAUCAAUUUAAAUACCAAGGCAAUGCAAGUUGCUCUAGUACCAUUCAACGUUAUGUUGAUAUCACAUGCAAGGACGGAUAUGGUGGGUCCAUGUGUAAUGUCAUAACAGCACUUCUAUGCAAAUUAAAAAAUGGACAGUCUAACUUAAAGGAAUGCAACUCGUCAAAGUUAGAAGAAUGUACAAUGAAAUCAACGCUAUCAGGAAAAUAUUACCAUUGCGAACCGUUCACGGAUUCCAAUAUUGGAAAAGCAAAAGACCAGAAAGUUUGUUACCUGGAUGCUGCCCCCUAACAGAAAGGUAAACAAAUGAACAAUUAUUCCAAGCAGUCUCAUAUUGUUUUUGCCAUUGGUUGCACCGUUAUAUAAUACAUACAUCUAUUCACUUUAAAUUUGCAUAUUGAAAUUACAGAUAUUGAUAUUUUGAAUACCGGGUAAUUAACUGGGUUACAAUCAAUAAAUGACAUGAGAUAUUUGAGGCAUUCACAUUUCUGACGAAGGGAAUAAUUCAUGCAUAUUUGAUAUACCAACAUUAAGUUAAGCCUAAUCACAAUCUUAAAUUUAUAAAUUCAA